UGACUACAAAUAUGAUGCACACGGAGCCAACUACUCGGGAACGAGGGCGACUGUUUUUAAAGAUGGCACCAUGUACAUGUGCGAGACAUGGAAUAAUUCAGUGGUGACAUCAUUGAUAGGAUUGACCGGCAAGAAUUUCCCAGAUAAAGUAUUACCAGGGCCAUACUGCCGUUUUCCUGAUGGCGAGUCAAAACUUGGUACCAUCCAAAACAUCCCAACCGAUCCCUGGUGUUUCUACGACUGGAAAUCAUUUAAAUUUGCUUCCUGUGGGAUUACAAACAAAGCCUGUGAGGUGGGAAGGUAUGGCCCAAGCUGUUUGUAUGAGUGUCACUGUGCCGAUUCUACAGCUGACUGUAACAAAAAGACUGGGAAAUGUGCCGAUGGCUGUCAUCCGGGCUGGAUGGAUGAGCCAGGAUGUCAGACAAAGUGUCCCCCGGGCAAGUAUGGCUUAAUGUGUAACGAGGAAUGUGGACACUGUAAAAACGGCCACUGUGAUUUUGAAACGGGAACGUGUCUUGGGGGAUGUGAAGCAGGUUACCAUGGUAAUACAUGUAAACAAGAGUGCAGUCCUGGUACCUACGGGGAAAACUGUCUCAGUACCUGUGGUAACUGUCUGGACGGUAUGCCAUGUAACAAGUUUUCUGGCCAGUGUACCAAUGGUUGUUCAGAAGGAUAUAUUGGGGUGUCCUGUAAGACAGCCUGUACCAGUGGCAGUUAUGGUAUGAACUGCUCCAAGACUUGUGGGAAGUGUAAGGACAAUACACAUUGUUACCACAUCGAUGGGCGGUGUGUACUAGGUUGCAGUCCCGGGUGGACCAGUUACCUCUGUGACCAGAAAUGUGAGGAGGGCCUGUAUGGUCUAAAUUGUUCGUACACAUGCGGCAGCUGUAAAGACGAAGAGCCUUGUGACGUCGAGACCGGUAUUUGUGUGGCAGGAUGUGCCCCGGGAUACACAGGCGGUAUAUGUGCCCAGGUGAUGAUAAACAGUGCUAGUGCUAACACUGGUGCAACUGGAGGAGCAGUAGCCGGAGCAAUUAUCUUUGUACUCGUCAUCGCCGUGAUUGUAUUUAUUGUAUACAGAAAGAGGAGGUUUAGCAAGACUUUGGAAGUUCAACAGAAAGGAGACAAAACCAAUAAGCUACCGAUUGAGGAGGACCCUAUAGAGAGUACAAGGGAAACUGACCAGCUCCUGCAUGCUAAUGGUAUUACGAGUCAUGAGCCAGAACACAGUGAGGAAGAACCUAUCUAUGCUAAUGUGAACACACACAAACAGACCAUGCCAGUCAAAGUGAAGGACCUGUAUGACUACAUCAAAACUAACAAGACACAGGACUGUGAUGGCUUCAAAAAAGAAUUUGCUGAACUUCCCCAUGGCUUGAUGGCUCUGUGUGAGGCAGCUAAGAAACCAGAAAAUCGACCAAAAAACAGAUACGGCAAUAUCAUUGCAUAUGACCACUCCAGAGUAAUACUAGAACCUGGGGAAGAAUAUGUAGAUGAGGUUGGAGCUGAUUAUAUCAACGCUAAUUACAUAGAUGGUUAUUCAAAGGCAAGCGCUUACAUAGCAUCACAAGGGGCAACAAAAGUCAUGACUCGAGACUUUUGGAGGAUGGUAUGGCAGAAAAAGACGUGUAAAAUUGUCAUGCUCACAAACAUCAUGGAAGCAUGCAAGAAAAAAUGUGAACAGUACUGGCCUGACAGCGGAAGUAUGAAGUAUGGAAGCAUUAACGUGGAGAUUUUAGACACGGCCGUGUUUACAGACUUCACUAUCCGGACAUUUAAUGUUUCCCUGAACGAGUCUAGUCGGACUGUGAAACAGUUCCACUUCACAUCCUGGUCUGAUCAUGGGGCACUGACCUAUCCCACACCGCUGCUCACAUUCAAGCGUAAGGUUGAAACCUACACCCCAGAAAGUACGGCUCCAAUCAUUGUACACUGCAGUGCGGGUAUUGGACGAUCGGGGACAUACAUAGCUCUGGACUAUCUUCUGUACCAAGCCAAGGAAGAAGGAGUCGUAGAUGUACUGAGAUGUGCCCAGCUCAUGAGGUGUAACAGGAUCAAUAUGAUCCAGACCUGGGAGCAGUAUGUAUUUGUAUAUGAGGCGCUGUUAGAGGCUAUCAAGGCUGGUGAAACUACCAUACCUAACGACCAGUACAGGCGGAAAUAUGAGGACAUGUCCGUCCUCAAACCAGAUCAAAUAACAACACCACUGGAGGAUCAGUUCAAGGCUGUCCAAGAUGUCACACAUACCAUGGAUACAGACGAGUUUAAAGCUGCCAUGUUACCAGAAAACCUUGGUAAAAACAGAGUGAAGAACAUUUUACCAGCCAAUCGAUGCCGACCACACCUGUACACCCAAGUUGAGGGCUGUAACGACUACAUCAAUGCCAUAUUCUUAUCUGGCUACACUCACAAAGAUGCAUUCAUUGUGACACAGAUGCCUUUACCUAAUACAGUGGCAGACUUCUGGAGAAUGUUGUACGACUACAACUCUAACACUGUCGUCAUGCUCAAUGACUUUGACAGAAACGACCAGACGUGUGCCCUGUACUGGCCAGAGGAACACGGAUACACGGUGGAAUAUGACCCUCUCAGUAUUGAACUAUUGUCUUCCAGGGAGGUAGACCCUAAUGUAUCUGAGCGCAUUUUCAAAGUAUGCAAUCACUUGAAGGGAGAAGCACGUGCAAUCAAACAGUUUCAGCUGAGGUCUUGGUCCGACUCAGAAAAAGUACCCGACACUGCCGCUCUUGUCCAGUUGUUGGACAUGGUUUGUGAUUGGCUGAAACAGAGUGGCAAAGGACCAAUCACAGUCCAUUGCAUGAAUGGUGCGAGUAAAAGUGGUGUUUUCUGUGCGGUGAGCCUCCUACUGGAGCGGAUGCAAAGGGACCACGAGGUUGAUGUGUUCCAAACUGUUAUGACCAUUCGUACUAACCGACCACAAUUUAUAGAGGACUUGGAGCAGUACCAAUUCUGCUACAAGAUGGCGUUGGAGUACAUCGAUACCCAGUGAAGCUAGGCAUGUGCAAAUAAAACUCCUGAGAAGUUUAAGACAACUUUAUGAAUUCCAAAGAAGUUAAAAUCACAGGAAAUUUGAAAAUUGAAGUGGUGACUAUUAUCGUGACGAAAGACUUAUCAUAAGGAUAGAAAUCGGGAGAUUUGGGAGUGAAAGGUUAUUCAGUUCAUGUGAAGAAGUUAAUGUUUUUUCUGCGACUUGCUAUUGAAUAGCACAAUAUAUUAACCCUAUGUGAUGUAAUCAUUCGUAGCCUAAGGUCACAACUCGAGUACUACACAUUCAUUUUGUAAAUAUGUUGCACAGCUUAUUAAUUUUUGGUACAUCUAUACCUUUGUUGCAGCUGCAGAAUCUGCUAUAGAUCUACAUACCUUUUAAAUUAGAACUUGUGUGUAGAAUAAAAUGUGUUUGGUCAUUCCACAUGGUCACCAAUGGGAUAUUAACUUCACUGUGGAAUUUUAAUAUCUGUAAUGUUUUAUAAAACAUUGAAUAUGACAUUGUACAAUAACUUAAUACCGCUCCAUUAAAAAUGGAAUAUUCAUAUACACUAAAAUCAAAAUUAAACUGCGUUCCCUUACCGAUGCAGUCUUAGUGACCUGGUAGAAUUUUUGUUCUUUUUUUUUUUUUUUUUACUGUACGUUGUGAAUAAGAUUACUUGGUUGUGAUUUUAGUAACGUGACCAGGAUUUGGUUGUGUUUUUGUUUUGGUCAUGUCGUCGAGUUUUCUGCAGGCAGAUGUGAACAGACAUGCUUCGUGUGUAUAUUAUCAAUCUGAGGAAACCAUUACACAAAAUUCAAAUACAUCCGUUUUAAAGUUAGAAAUACCAAAAUUAAACUUUUAUCAAAGUUCUUUGUAUAAUGUUUUUUAAGGGAGUUAGUGAGGAUUAUAAAGUGUUGACCUGAGUUGAGAAUUAAGAAGUUUACUUGUGAAAUGGACCAGAGGUAUAAACUCGUGUGUAAUAAUACUUUGUGGACCAAAUUGAAUUUAGUCAAAUUUGGGAAAAUAGUGUUCCUUAAGCUCCAUAUACAUAGAUAGAAUUGUCAAUAAUUUUUUAUUUUGAGCCAUAAUUUUUUUUGCUAUUUUUUUCUUUUACAUGCAUCCUACAUUGUUGAAAUGCUUAUUGAUAUUUACAUUCCUAUUAUCCGUCUAUAAGAAAUUUUACAGCGUGUGUGUGUGAUUGUCGACAGGUUUACUGUCUUCUGUUUGUUCAAGUGCUUGUGCUUAUUCCAAAUUUUACACUUUGUUUUAAAAUGCAAAAAUUAAUUUCAGUUCAUAUUUUCGGCUCAAAACUUGUCACCGCCCAUGUUUGAUGCUCAAGGGAUUAUGUUCACUUUCGCUUUCGUGGAGGUGAACAUAACCCGCUCCUUGCACAGAGUAUAGAAGAUGGUCACCACCAUGUCACAUUUUCUAUCAUCACUGAAUUUAGCCGAAGAUAACUUAACAAGCAUUAUGAAAUACUUGUACAAAGUAUAGUACAAAGUAUAAUUUUGUAUAAAUUUGAUAUGUUGUAUAUACCAGAUAUAUAAUUAUCCUGGAAGGUGGAAUUAUUCAUCACCGUGUUGUGUAUGUCCAGUCUUUGUUGCCGUGUAGAGGUCUUUUUCCCGGCUGCAUGUACCAAAGGUUGUUUUGAAUGCUAAUUCAGUAAAAUCAGCAAAUGUGACAAGAGGCACAAGAAAAAGGCACCUCCAUUAGGUGUGAAAUUGAAUGCCAAAAUCUCUGAGAGAAAAAAAAUGUUUAAAAGCAAAUUUUUCAAUAUUGAUGAGGUUAAUUUGCAGUUUGAUAAAUGGUUGGCUACCGUUUGAAGAUAAAACCUCGGUCUCUUUUAAGUGACAGAACAUUCUGAAUGUGUAACUAUUUUUCUUUUCAUUAAAAUGAUGUCUUGUGUGAACCAUUUCUGUGAAAUGUUGUUGAAAGUGACACCCAUGUACCAUAAAAAGUAGAUGUUAACAAUUUAUUUUUACAGAGGAAUAUAUUGUUAAUACUAACUUUCUUUUAAUCAAUAUUUGAUAGAAAGUCUGACCAAUAUAGAUUUGUUUGUACUAUUUAUGUGCUUGGACCCUGCUGUAUAUUUGUUGCUGUGAUAGGCAUAUUUUGUUUGUCACAUUGUUGGUACAUUCCUUUGUUAAGGUCUAUUGUUACAUGUUGAGUGCAUUUGUUUUGUUUAGAUUGCCGUAGCCAGAGUGAAUAUUAAGUAUAUUACAUAUUUUGAUAUGUUAAGAAUUUGACGAGCCCCCUGACAGACUAAAGCGGGAGUUCUGGCUGCUUUAUGCUGUAGCCUUUUCCAUGUUGGACACAGUAUGACCAGAGCUUGAGGUUUUCAUUAAAUAGUACCACAUCUAUCAUGCAAUAAUCCUAAGGGGCCUAUAUAUCCAUAAAAUCUGUUUCAAAGUAAAGUUUAUUGUGGCAUAGCAUGAAGGUCUGGGCGUAUUACUGGUAAAUCAUGGUAAAGGAGACCACAAAAUUCCGAAACAAACUGCUGUUUGAUAUAAAAUUCUUAUCAAAGUGUUAAAUCAAAUAAUAGAGAAAGCCUUCCAAUAAUUAACAAGUUUAUUUAUAGGUUGAUUGUAUAUAAUGUAAUAGGUUGUGCCAUUUUUUUUUUUUUUUUUUUUACAUGUAUAUAUAUAUAUUUAGCCGUCAAAUUUCAGUUGAAAUCUUAGGAAGACAUUGUGUGUGUGUGAAUACUCCUGUAUAAAGUGUGUCAUAUAUGAAUAUCGUCUGUAAGCAGACCCGUUGUGGAUAUUUGUGUACCGAAGUAUAUUUACUGUAAUGUGGACAGGUAUCUUAAGUGUGUUGAUAAAUUUUAGCAUGUUUAAUGAUGUUGUAAAUGAAACAGACUUGAGUGUUAAUGUCAUACCAGUUAUGAAUUGUUGUAGUCAAGAUUUAUUUUUUUCUCGCCUUUCAGAAGGAACAAUGAUUUUUGUGGGUAAAACAUCAUAUUUAGGUGAAUUUUAAAGUUAUUUUUUCGAAAUUUGGUAUUUCUUGCUGGGUGCUUCCAUACUAUCAUUUUAUAAUUACUAAUGUGGAGGUUGUUGGGGAGGGGGGUACAUAAAUUUAUGUGAACUUAAAACUUAGCAGGACAAGUGAGACACAUAAUCUUGUGUAAUACUAGUUUGUAUGUAUUAUCCACAUAUAGUGAAUAUAGUACAACUUCACUGGUUGAACAAAAAAACUGCAUAUUAUAUACUGUUGGUGGUACAUUAUAAUAUAUCAACAUUUGCAAUUUUGUGUACAAAAUCACUUGUGAAAUGUACACCCUUCAAUCAUGUGAAAACUCACUAUGACAUGUAGCAUCACUCAUGCCUGAUCUUUUGGACAUUUCCAUUGGUGUAUAUAUAUAUAUUGUACAUAUUACUGUAACACAGGAAGUGACCUUUCGUUGACCUUGAUAUUAUAUACAUAUGUAUAUACUGCCACAUUUUGUUAAUUUCUAGUAUAACAAAUUCUAUUUUCCUUUUUGUCUUGUACCAACUUAAUCAUGUUGUCAAUCAAAGAUCGUCAUUCAGUAAUGUACCCAAGGUGCUACAGUAAGUAUUUAACAGUGUUAAGUGUUCUGUGUUAUUAGUGACCGUCUUCAAAAGAGGAUAAUUGAAAUAAUUCAUAAUCAAUAUUUUAACCAGUUACUGGUUUAUCCGUUUUUAUCUCCAUGGCCGUCUGUUGCAUUGCUUCUCUCAAGUAUUUACCCACUUCUACGGCUCUCUAGGUCACAGGACCAGUAUUUACACUUUUGAAGAAUGGGGCCUAGGACCAGAAUUCACACACUUGUGUGUUGUGUAGUUGGGCCAGUAUUCACACGUGUGUAUAGUGAGGUCUAAAGCCAGUAUCCACACUUGUGAGAUAUGGAGCCUUGGACCAGUAUUCACACCUGUGAGAUAUGGGGCCUUGGAUCAGUAUUCACACUUGUGAGAUAUGGAGCCUUGGACCAGUAUUCACACUUGUGUAAUUGGGCCUUGGACCAGUAUUCACACCUGUGAGAUAUGGGGCCUUGGACCAGUAUAUACACUACCAUAUAAUACUGACUGCACAAUUGAUGUUAAGUCACAGAACACUACAAUUUUGGAGAGAAAAAGCAAAGCUGCUUUACUGUUAAGUGUGCUUUUUGGACUACAUAAUCAGUUCCUGAUACCAUGUAUUUUAGACAGUUGCCGUGCUCAGUACCGUGGAGUAUAAUAUAUCUCCAUAUUCUUCAGUGUUUUUCAUUGUCUUUUCACAUUUAUUUGUUGUUCUCUACUUUUUUCAUUGAACAUCUGUUGAGUUUGCUGCUCUGGUAUCUAUUUGUGACCAAGUCAUGUGUAAACAGUCUAUCAAGACUCUCGUUUUAUCAAUAUUCCUUCACUUAAGAAUAUUCCUCGACUCAAGUCUCUGUAGGAAAGCAUUAUUGGAUUGAAAGAAAUAAUUUUACUUACAAAACUUUCCCUUUAUUCUGUAAUGCUUACGUAUACAUUUUUUUAGCAAGGGAACUCCCAACUUUGCUAGCCAAGUGUGUUCGAUUUGAUACUCUCGUACUUGGCUACACUUGGCUAGUAAAGUGAAGGAAUGUUGAUGGAAAUGGCGCCAGAACAAAUUAUUUUUGAAACACAUUUAUUUUUCAAAUGAUAAUCUGAUGCCUACGGUAUCAUGAUGGAGUGUUCAAUAAAAUCAGUGUACAGUAUCGCAAUUUCGCUUUCUGUAGCAUACUAUGUAAAUAUAUCUAUGGCAUACGCUGUCUUUAUGAAGUGUAUUACAAUGCUUGUAUUUGGUUGUGAAGCUAAUAUCAGUGUUAUCUGGGCAUCAUCCUACUGGAAAUCCACUCACAAUACAUUUUACUUCUUUUUGUAACAAGUAUAGAUUUUCACAUGGUUUUUCAAGUAACAAGAAAUCGAUCGAUUCACCCAAUGAAGCAAGAGAGGGAAUUAUGUGGACUGUGGUUGCUCAUUACCGACACUUUUCCAUUUUGAGAGGUGUAGUAGCUAAUGUAUGCAUAAACAUUUGUAUUUCAAGCCGUUUUCUCCUCUCCUGGCUAAACACAUUUACCUAUUUUAUUGGGGCAAAGUAUUGACUAUUGCAAGACCAUAAUUCCAAUUUCAAUAAUGAUUAAACAAGGGCGAAGUAUAAAAGAUAUAUAGAUGUGCAUGGAGAUCCUUAAAAAAGUACAAGGAGACUAGGACCAGGUGUUCCUGAAGGGUAAGCAUCUUCUGUUUCAUCUAGGUCAUCAAAUCUAGUUCAACUUGAUCCUUUAUGAACUUUAUUUUUCUCUGAGUAAUAUUUGGCUCACCUGCCAUUGGGCCUCUUGUUAACCAACAGUUUAAUGAUUACUUGUCUUCAUCUCUGGUAAUUUGUUUGUUCGUCGAGAGGAGAAAGAUGUGCUUGGGUUGUGUAAUGUACAGUGGAUUACCAUACUUAUCCAGCAAUAAGCCCUGGGGGCCAGCACAACCUCCGACUCCGGCUCAUAGCCACAGGUGGGCUUUACUGGACUAAGGAAUAGUAUUUGAUUAAUUCAACUUCAUAGCAGUAGAUAUGGUGGGGCCUAUUGCUGAUAAAUACAGUAACACAUGUAUAUGUAGGCGUCGUUCGAAUUGUGUACUAAACGUUCGGAAGUAGACUGGGCUGAACGCCAGUGGCCAGGCGGCUCAUAUGCAGAGUGUGUCUGUGUGUCCUGAGGUCCUGGGUUUGAAUCUCGGUCUGGUCAUUGCAUUUUCCUCUCCUGUUACACCGAGGUUAAACAUAUUCCUCUCUGAAAGGUUGGUAUAGGGUUUACAUUGAAAUAUUAUUUCUGAAAUGAAACUUUACAAGAAUCUCUACAUAUAUUGAUCUACAUGUGUAAUUAAGUUAGUUUUAGUGUUUAGUUCUUUGUAGUAUAUUGCACAUAUAUUCAGGAACUUGUAAUAUUUUUUUUUAUCACAUUCCAGUUAUAUCUUUAAACCAGGGACGUAUAUAUAGAUCUAUAGGAUAUGUCUCUGCUUUAAACAUUUCUGUUUUUUUCCUUUUAUUUUUUUCAUGUUUUAAAAUUUAUUCAGUGUAACGAGAUUUAUUUUUAAAUCAUAUUUUGUACAAAUUAAUAUCGAAAAAAUUUAGUUUGCAUUUUAUCCUCUCUGAAAACUGUAAAAUAAUGGAUUAAUAUUAUAAGCAUUUAAACAGUAAUUGUAUAAUUUAUUCCAUCCUAUUGAAAAUACAUAAUCUCCGAUUUCAUGGCUGGCCAGUAAGUGAACUAGGCAUAUCUUGAGGAUCAGGGUCUGUGUGUGAUGUUCAUCAAAUUGCACAUCUUCACACAAUAUCCAAAUUUAAUUCUUUAUUAACUUUUUUUACAUUAAAAAGAUAAUUUAAGAAACAAACUACAUAUCAUUAUAUCAAUAAAAUGAAAUACUUUUUUGUCUUUUUGAAUGUUUUACCACAAAUAAGAUUCAAUGAAACUCCACAGGAACACAAUUUUGUACAAUUUUUUGUGAAUAAUCUGUAAUGAUUUGUUGUACUUGGAUAAACUGCAUGUGAACAGUUGUUUUGAUUUACAUAAUAAACCUCUCUUUUAAGAUUCAAAGGAAUGCUUCAGGGUAGACAAACGUUUGUUUCCUAGACAAUUUUGUUGUAUAGUGAGUGAUGCUGGUAGUCUGGCAUCCCAACAUUUAUGCUUGUUGCUUGUUGUUGCAUCACAUCAGAAUUCCAUCUUUUUUGUUAUAAAUAAUUCAUGUGAUCAAACUUUAGAAUAAAACUUAUUACUGCA